AUGCUAGCCCAUCUCAAGACGGGGAAAACGCCUUUGUGGUGGGCUGCCCGAAACGGGCACGAAGCAGUGACCAAACUCUAUAUUGCGACAGAGAGAGUGAAUCCUGACUGUCAAGAUUCGACGGGGGAGACGCCGCUCUGGUGGGAAGCACGCAAUGGACAUGAAGAAGUAGUUCGACUGCUUCUCGACAAGGGAGCUCGCCCAGAUGUGCCCAACUCGGAUGGUCAGACGCCCUUGUCCUACGCGGCAGAAUUCGGCCAUGAGGCUGUGGUCAGACUGCUUCAGGCCCACGGUGCAAGUUCAGGUUCUUUGUAA